CGACACGAUCGAGGUGGGCAACUAACUUUGACGACGUACAAAUUAAUAUUACAAUUUAACAACGUAGUAUAGGACCUAGAUGAUCUCCGCUCUGUUAGGCAACAAACUCUGACCACGUACCAGCCAUGCAAAUAGGACAUUUUACGCGUCAAGAGUAUUUAUACCACGCACGCACGCUAACUAUUCAUUAGCUAGCUAGCUAGUAGCAUUAAUGAUGGAGGAGGUGCAGGCUAGUGCAGAGAUGGCGGUGGAGUUAUACAUAGCCACGCGCCAUAGAUCUGCGGCGCAAAAGAUCGUGCACUACGACGACUGCCGGCCCUCUGAAACCGUCGGAGAAGUGAAGGGCAGAAUCGAAGCUAAAUACGGAAUAGCCAUCCGGAGACAGGCUCUGUGGUUGGGUCCCAAGUUGAUGCGUAACCACAGGACUCUGGCAUCCUACAAAAUCCAUCCCGCAGUACCGGCAAUCGCCCACCUCGAGAUCGCCAAUGACGACGACGGCGGCGAAGAAACGAUCAUCACUGUCACCCUCCGUUCCCUCUCUUUCCCGACUCAGUCGAGGGUCAAGACCCUCACUUGCAAGGAAACCGAUACGGUUGGCGAGCUGAGGAAGCGCAUCCUCGCCAGGUUUUCUGGCCACUCCAGGUUCGACAUAGAGUUGUUCUUCGAUGGCACGAUGCUAGGGGAGGUCGACGCACCAUUGCUGCAUUAUUUGGUGUCUCAUGGUGCCGUUAUUAGUGUGCAUUACGAGGCUGGGCCCCGAGUUGAUUCCUCCGAGAGAGACGCUACGGAAAACCUUUUGUUAUUUUACUCGUUGCAAGCUUCAUCAUGAAUUGACGAUUUUUUAUUUUUAUUUUUAUUACUGAUUGUAAUUAGUUUAUGCAUGCUGCAUGUGUUUUGGUUUGUGGUAUUUAGUAUUAUUUGAUUUGUCCGUCACACAUUUAACGGUCAACUGUCAAAGUUGACCGCCACGUCAGUCAAAGUUAACAGAGGUUAACGGAGAGUGACCGAACUUGAACUGUUCAACUAAUUCGAGUGACUAUAAAUGGAAUAAAUUAAUUUGAGUGGCAAACGUGAAAUUUUAUAGCAAUUCGAGUGACCAAACUUGCAAUUAAGCCAAAUUUUUCCAUAAGUCAUUAAGCCACUUACUAUAUUUGUGAACAUUUCCUACAUUUCAAUAAUGUUUUCAUUUUCAUUCAUUUUGAAUAAUUCAUAUUCUCUUACUAGCAUUCUAUUCCUGGUGUCUUUAAUUUGAUACCUACUUUCAUAUGUAGCCUCCACACUGUCCUAGAUCGCUUUUGAGGUUUUGCACAUUGUUACUUCGCUGUACUCUUCUCUUCCAAUAUCACAUUUAAGGAUGUGCUUGGCUUUGACGUUGAUUUGUAAACUUACCAGAUCUUUUUCUGACCAACUUUUGUCAUCGUUUUCAACUUUCUCUUGUCUUCUUUUGAUAUUGAUCCGGACCUUCAAGUCAUAGGCUUGUAGGAAAUCUUCCAUGCAACCUUUCCAAAAGGCAUAGCUAUUGUCGUCGAGUUUUGGUGGUCAUGUUGCAAACUAUCCUUCAGCAUGCGUGAUUGGAGGCAGACGACUCAUCAUUCUGGUUGAUGAGCUUGUAGCUUCCAUCCUUGGAUCUUGUUCCUCAUGAGAGACAUGCUCUGAUACCAAUUGUAGGACACGUGUAGAACAUAAAUUAUUUUGUAAAUACGAGAAAUGAAAUCAUAUUAGUUAUGGAUCGGUCAUAUUUAGUAUUAUUUGAUUUGUCCGUCAAUGCUUUUCUUUUGGUUAUGCACUCGAUCAAUAAACCCCCCUUAAGGAUUAAUGCAACAAAAAAAAAAAAAACUUUUGUUAAAUACAUUAUUGAAUACUUGAAUUUAUCAUAUUUAAAUAACACUGAGAUUAUGAACUGUUUUUCUCCAAACCAUCCCUUAGAAUGACAUCGUUAUUCAUCAUAACUAAGCAUGUGUUUUGGUUUGUGGUAUUUAGUAUUAUUUGAUUUGUCCGUCAAUAAACCCCCCUUGAAGGAUUAAUAAACCUCUCUAUGAAAAUCACAUCAAAUCUCAAUCGAAUAUCUUUAUUAGACCUCUAUGAUUCAGAAAUCCGCAAAAAAAAUCAUAAUUUACUUCCAAAUUUAUGGAUUCGUUAAAUUAUAGCCAAAAUAUUUUCUCCAAACCAUCCCUUAGAAUGACAUCGUUAUUCAUCAUAACUAAGCCUCCUUACAGAAAAGGGUUGUUAUGAACAAUCAACCUCCGAUACACACACAACUUGGAUGAUACAAACUAAGACUCAAACCACGUCCAUUUUUGCGGCAGUUCAAAUAAAUAUAUUCUUCAAAACCAUGUUUUAUCGAAUCAGAAUGAUAACACAAUGCUACAAAGCAUCAUUUUUGGGGUUGCGUCUUGUCUAAUUGGUUACAAUUCUUGUCUUUGAUGGAAGAGAUCACGGUUCAAAUCCUAGCAUUGAUAUCUUUUUAUAUGAAAUAAAAAAUUGAUUGUGUAGACGAGUAUACCCUAAAAAAUUGAUUGUGUAGACGAGUAUACCCUUCCUACUGUCACUCUCGUUGCAGGAAAUUUGAAAUGGAGCAAAUCAACUUCUUUAAAAUGUAUUAUAAGUAGUGUAGAUAUUUCUAAGAGUCCCUCUCAGAAUUCCUUCCACCUCACUCAACAAUUAAGCGAAGGUGAAGGUCCCUUCUUGUAACUAGGUUUCCAUAAACAGUAGCUAAGAGGGCUACGAGAAGAAAGUUGGUAAUGAAUUAAACUUUUACUA